AUGCAGCUGUCGCUCGUGGUCCUGGCCGCUGUCGUCCAGGCAGCGGUUACCACUGCAUCUUCGCUCACCCCGCCUGUCAUUCCCUUGAUCGUACGGAAUCCAUACCUGAGCACUUGGCUUGCAAAUGCUCGAGACACACCUUGGUCGAAAUGGCCUAUGUUUUACACUGGAGAGGAGGUGGGACUUUCCUUGAUGGCUCAUCUCCCAAGCCAGGGUGCUGUAUACCCUCUUCUUGGCAAACCGCAUGAUUCUUUGGAGAAGGACGCAGACUACAAGAUCAAGUUUCCCAAAUACCUUGGUCUAAACUACGAUGCCUCAACGACCAAUCUGACCUACCACCUCGACACGGGGUCCACAGACCCUCUCGACAUCACCGUUUCUUUCCUUUCACCCAUUACCCCAACUUCAACUCUGCGUCAGUCAAUUCCGGCCUCCUACGUCACAAUCGAUGUCAAAGGCGAUGUCGAUGUCAACGUCUAUAUGGAUGUUGACGGCCGCUGGGUCAGUGGAGAUAGUGGCAGCAAGAUCAAGUGGGAAUGGGACAGCCUGAAGACCGCGCACGACGAGCCUGUCCUCAAUCGUUGGCAAGUACAGAGAGAGACUGAGCUUCUACUAACAGAAACUCGCGACCGUGCGGAAUGGGGCACUCUUCAUUUCACUGGACCCUCGGAUGCUAAAUACCAGUCUGGGGAUGCGACUGGUGUGCGUCGAGCCUUUGCUAACUCUGGAACCCUGCAAAACACCAAUGACCAUAGAUUCCGUGCUAUUCAUGAUCGGUCUCCAACCUUUGCCUUCUCCAACUCUUUCCAUCUCGGCCAUUCAUCUAAGGUAUAUGCCGACAGUGUCACGUUUACUCUCGCUUUCAUCCAAGUUCCUGUUGUUCAGUAUGCGGCAUCUCGCGGGCUUACUAUGAUGCGACCCUUGUGGGAAGCUUGGUGGCCAACAACCGAGGAGCUUCUGAGUUUCCACUACAGAGAUUAUGAUGCAGCCAGCUCUCUGGCAGCCAAUUACUCGCAGCAGGUGGCAGACGAUGCGUAUCUAUCAGGAGCUGAUGACUAUGUUGACAUCGUUGCCCUCACCGCGCGGCAGGUCAUGGGUGCUACUACCUUCUCAGGAACCCCAGAUGAUCCAAUCUUGUUUUUGAAGGAGAUCUCUUCAAAUGGUAACUUCCAAACCAUUGAUGUCAUCUUCCCCGCGUUCCCAUUCUUCCUGUACACCAAUCCUAGGUGGUUGGCGUACCUUCUAGAGCCACUGAUCGAGCACAUGCUGAGCGGACAAUACCCCAAUAAGUAUGCGAUGCAUGACUUAGGUACGCACUUCCCUAAUGCUACGGGCCAUCCCGACGGGAAGGAUGAAUACAUGCCGGUCGAGGAGUGUGGCAACAUUCUCAUCAUGGGCUUGGCUAUCGUGAACUCGCUUCGCUAUGAAGAUUCUACCGAGGCAUCGUCCAUCUGGUCAGCACAGGGCCUUUCAUCAACUGUUGCGAAUGAGACCUCUGGACUUUUCCCCUUGAAUGACCUGCAGAUACUAUCCGGCAUUGGCUACCAGGAUAGUAAAUGGGGUGGGAGUAAUAAAGGCAAACACUUGGCUGAGAAAUGGGUGAAGCGAAGCUACAGUCUCUGGAAGCAAUGGACUGGCUAUCUGGUAGAAUUCUCUCUCGAGCCUGCUAACCAACUCUCUACCGAUGACUUUGCGGGCUGGUUGGCUCUUCAGACAAACCUGGCUCUCAAGGGAAUCGUGGGCAUUAAUGCCAUGAGCAAGAUCGCCGAGGUAGCCGGUCACGAUACUGACGCCGCUUAUUACAAGGAAAUUGCCGCGGACUACAUCGCCAAGUGGGAGAAGUUUGGCAUGUCCCGAGAUGGCUCCCAUGCCAAGCUCGCCUAUGACUGGUAUGGAUCUUGGACAACGCUCUACAAUCUCUACGCCGAUGCCCAGCUCUGCUUCCACCUAGAAGGGACCGACACCGAUUCGCCCGGCUUUGUUCCACGCCACAUCUACCAGAAGCAGUCUGUCUGGUAUCACUAUGUGCGUCAGAAGUACGGCCUUCCGCUAGACAGCCGUCACCUGUACACCAAGACCGAUUGGGAGUUCUUCUCCAUGGCCGUGGCCUCCAAGCCUGUGCGUACAGAGAUCCUUGAGUCUGUUGCGCGCUGGGUGAAUGAGACUAGCACCGACCGUCCGUUGACAGACCUGCACAACACGGAAGGUGACGGAGGCUUCCCUGGCCCGAACUUCUUUGCUCGACCUGUCAUUGGUGGCCACUUUGCUUUCCUGGCGUUGGAGCGGGCCUGUGGCGGGAAAGCUAUGCCUGGUCUCUCCUUCCUUGACGACGUCGACGAAGAGACCAUGGCGGCUUGGACUGCGAGUGCUGAGUCUGCCGCGAAAGAAUUCACCGUGUCAGGACGGUUCGCCUAUGGCGAGAGAGAGCUGUGA